UUGGUUAUCAGAAGAAAAUGGAAAGCAGAAUGCCAUUUUCAGAAACCGAUUCAUUCAAAAAAACAGAAGCAAUGUAAUAUUGAAAGUUUCAGGAAUGGUAACUCUGAUAUAAUAAUAUUUCGCGAUAAAUCACCAAAAUUUAUGUUGUUUGGGACAAAUGUCCAUGUGACGUUGGGUGCAACUAUUGCAGCAACCAUUGGUUUAAUGGUAACAAUUGCAUUCUGUAUUAUCUAUACUUUUUAUCAUCAUCGCGGGCAGGGAAGAAAUUAUUUCAUCGAUCAUCUCGAACUCGUGGAUCUAGUGUUUGCGUUGUUUUUCGGCCUGCCUUGUCACUACCUGCUAUUUUACGGAAUUCACCGCGAGAACAAGAGAUAUCUGACACCAUUUCUCAUCUUCUACUGCACAAACUUCGUCCUCAACGUUAUCUUCUCGGCAAUUACAGUUGUAGCUGCUAUUGUUGAUGUACGGCGAUUACUUUACGGGCAGGUCAAGUACGACUUCGGUUGGAUUGCUUUCCAGGUGUGGAGCGCGUAAUU